AUGGCCGCGACAUCCUUUGUGCACACAUGUUGCCGCUGCAUGUGGCCCUUUGGAGGGAGUCGUGCCUUGGCUUACUUUGCCGAUCCCAAGAAGAACGAAGACUACGACGAAGAGGAAGCGCACCACUUGCUUGGAAACGUCAUUGACAGUGACGACGAGCAAGCCCAGGCGGAUGCCCUCAGUCCCGACCAGAUCAAGAGAUUUCUGGAUGCUUCCAAGUCAAGCCGAGCGUCCAGCUCCUCCACCAGCUGGCAGCGCGAUGUGCGAACAGCGCCAGGAGCUGGUGACCAAUCUGGUCUUACGAGCAGGUCAGCCGUCUGCACAAAGCCAACGGCGAGGAGUGCUUCGACCUCCGCGCCGGGGGAGUACGACGAGCUCUUCGACGAGGAGCUUGAGGACGAGCCGGAGAACGUUGGUGCGAAGUUCCGGUAUCUUGCCAGCUCUGCUGCUGACGACGACAGCUUCAGCCCAGUAGAAACGGACGGCAGAGGCUUGGGCUUUGGUGGUGCCAAGCCUCGUGCUGAUGCGCAGAACGCAACGGCAGUCGGGACACUGGCUAAUCAGCUGAAGGGCAACAGUUCCCUGCUGUAUGAAGAAGAUGACGAAGACGAGGAUGAGCUUCAGAGUGAACUGAAGGCCAGCUGUGGCUGCAUCCUGGAGUUCACACGGCGAAACUUCCGCUCCCUCGCAGACCUCGCCCCGGCGUUCUCGGAGGUCUGCGCAGUGCUCGAGCAAGGCUCUGAGACCAAGCUUUGUGAUCUCGCAAGCCAUGUGCGGAACAUGGAGUCGCUGGUCCAGCGUAUUCAUGUGAAAGAGAAGCUAAGAAUACUGUUUAUAGGUCCACUCAAAGCUGGAAAAAGCACUCUCGUAAAUAUGCUGCUUUCAACGACAUUGGAUGAGUACGAGAUGAUGCUUCCAGUGGACAACAAGGCUCUCCGGGGUAGUGAGCAGCAACCAGCUGCAUCUGGAAGGUGGAGUCGUGUUCGGGUGCAAAAGCAAGCGUUUCAAGAGCUUCAAGAAGAAUGGAACCUGGAGGGUGUAGAGGCCAAGGACAUCCGCGCCGACAUCGCCAGCUUUCUGGAACGACGUUUCUCCAGGGAUGCCAAUCCUAUGAAUCGAGGAGAGAUCUCCAUCCUUCUCCCUCUGCAGCUGCUGAACCCUUUCGGCUGCCACUACAGCUUAGUCGACACACCUGGCUUCACGGACAGCUCUGAAUAUCGAGAGCUGGUGUCGAGUUUUUUGCAGGAUCAUUCCCACAUUGCCUGCAUGGUGUGCCCACUCACAGAGGGGAUUGCGCUACCAGAGGAGACUCAAAGUAUGCCCAGGCUAAAUUCGUACAGCAAGACCUUUUGGGUGCUGACACGUUUUGAUAUGGCGCUAAUGCUAAAGACGGGCAAGCAGCGCUUGAGUAAGAUGUCCAUCCGCCAAGUUGCUGACAGCUUGGUUGUAAAAUUCCAGAAGGAUAUCAACGGUAAGGGCAGCACUGCUCGAGUUUUCCGUCAUGCAGCUGGCCUAAUGCUGGAUCCAGAUGAUGACAUCAACAAGCUCCUGCAGGAGCAUCUUCCUUUGGAGGAGGCCAAAACUUGGAUCGCAGACAUACAAGCUCAUGUCAAGGAAUGCUUCAUGGCAAUGCAGCAGGAACAGACAGUCCUUAGCUCCCAGGCACAGCAAGCUAUGGUACGAACAGCUGAACUGAUGGAUGUAUACACAGACAGGGUCAAGUCGUCCCGAGGCACUGUCGCACUGAGCGACUUCUGCGCGCGUGAGAUGGAAACAGCAGUUGAAGAUGCGGCAGCCUGCCUUGAGCGUGAAAUUAAGCAAGAAGUCGAUACCUUGCGUGCCAAGAGAUUGGGUGAGCUUUGUGACCUGGCAAGCCAGGAAGUGCUGAAGGAAGGUGGACGAUUCGGAAAGGUCACGUGGGUUCGUCACACCUACAUCGAGCGCGUGCUUGCCUUGCUCGCUCCCAAGAUUGAGCAUGAGCUCGAGGCGCGCCUUGGUGAGGCGAUGCAGCGAGCACACGAGAAGACACUGGAAGGGGCCUUGCGUCUCUUGCGUGAAGCUGGUCUCGAUGGGCUUCAAGGUGCUAGCAUAAACAGCCAGAGCGAGAUCAUUCGACCGGAGACAGAUCACCUUCGCGGACGCUACCCGGUCGAGUCUGUCACCAUGUUGACCGGUGCAACGUUUCUGGCUGGCCGCGCCGCAGCCACCGAAGCCGGUGCGCUUAUCAGAACGAACUGCUUCCAAGAGGCCAGCCAUGCAAUUGCUAUCUUCAAGAAGACUUUCCCGGCCUUGCUCCUUCCUGUUGUCUAUGGGGCUGCAGUCGAUGUCCUUGUAUCGUAUUAUGAGGACAAGCGCACAUUGGAGCCCAUCGAAGCGCAAGUGCGCUACUGCACAACUUUGCUUGCGGGACUGCAAGACCACGAAGAGGUCACCCUUGUUAAGGAGCUUUCCAGCUCCUUGACCAUCUCGCAGUCAGAUCCUAAACUGCAGGAAGAGGAGAUCAAGAAGGCCUUCCAAGAACUAUGUGAACAGUUCAUCAGUGGCCUGGUCGACUCAGGUGGCUACGUGAUCACCUCCUGCACUUUGUGCUCGGUGGCCACGGGACCAGCUGUCUUUGGAUGGUUGGUGGCGAAGAUCACGUCAGCUGUCCCGCUGAGCGCGGUCGCGGAGAUGUUUCUCUUCGGCACCCUCUUUGAGGUGCCCGAGGGUGUGAACAAUGGAGGAGGCAGGCAGUGCGGUGCGAAGGGCUGCUCAUCCACGGGACAUGUGGGUAUAUCGUUCCAAAGGGUGUGCGUCGUUUGCAAGCAUGAGGUUUGCCAUGAUUGGAAUAAGGGUGCUCGCAUCGGAGAGGCGAGUCAUCCAGGACCGUCAGGAGGCGGUGCAAGAGCCACAGCUCGGCGACGGGCCGAGCAUGAAGACGCUGAGCAUGCAGAGUGUGGCGACCCUUUGGGUCUGGCGAGCAUGCUGCGACCUCUCAUCGUGCAGUUGCUCCGAGAGGUCUUGCAGGAGAUUUUGGGCGGUGGUGGGCUGGCCGGGCUGAUGCAACCGGCUGCUUCUUUGAGAGCGCCUACGGUGGCACGCGAUGUCGAGGGGGCUGAGCUGCAGAACACCAAGGGCAAGCGAUGGAACAAGAGGGGCGGCAAAGGCAGGGAUGAUGCCGAGGCUGUGGGUGCUAAAGGCAGAAUCCAGCCGGAUGGUGGCGACCCUUCCGGGAAAGGCAAGGGCCAGCCUGCACCGCCCAAGGGCGGCAAGGGCAAGGGAGCUGUGGCAGGUGAGGCCCCUUCUAAGGGAUCGGGCAAAGCUGGCACAAAGUCUGGUGCGAAGGAGGGCGAUAAGCAUGGCGGUGGAGACCCCAAAGGUCCGGGUGGCAAGCCUGGCCGGGCUGAGGGCGAAGGCGAGUGGACCGUCGUCGGUAAGAAGAAUGCUGGGGAGUGGCAGCUUCGUGCCACCGACUGGAGCGAUCCUGUGAUGACCUAUGAGAAGUUGCUGGAGGCGGCUUCUGGCAAUGGGGAUAAGGUGAAGGCGGUUGCCGUUGUGAACGAGGAGCAGCGGGAGACCAUCAUGACGCUCUUCAGGGGCUGUGGAAAGGCCCAUGCUUUGCUGCUUGUGGAUCUUCAGCAUGGCGACAGAACCGAGCGAUGCCCUGGGGCGAUUGGAGGGCGAUUGGUCUUCAAGCAGGUUGCUUUCACGCGAGCCUGCUCUGCCGGCCUGGAUGCUCCAAGGCCCAAGGUGCAGAUCGUGGGUGGGCGAGUUGACUUGCAGGAAAAUUCGGUGGUCUUUGUGAGGUUCCUUCAGAGGUUCCUUGAUAAGGACACGUGGAAUCAGGUGCUCAAGGCACCACAGAAGGCGCUGCUGGAUCACUUGGAUGGCGGACAAGGACAUUGGCACUUUGCUGGCGACGAGUGGGAAGAGCCGGCCUUCUUUGAGCCGGCCCGGUCAUUCUGCAUGGAGCCGGUCACCACGGAGUGGCAGGUGCAGCAUGAAGGUGAGACACCGAGCGCCUACUUGACCCGUUGCUUGACCUUGCAGGCGGACUUUGGGCUGGUGGCUGGGAAGCGACAGCUCGGCAAGCGCAUGAAGCAUGACCCGAGCAUCCCAAGGCAGCGACUGUGGUUGGUGCUGGUGCCUGGUGUCCUCGGCCAGGCCUUCAGUGAGGUGGAGAUGGUGCACCAGCGGCGCAGGGGUAGUUGCCGUGACUACGUUUUUCGCGGCACCACCCUGGAGCAGAGCGACAGCAUGGCCAUGCCACUGCAGCUGGGCGAUGAGCAGAUCGUCCUUUGGGUACGGCAUGCGCCACCGAAGCGUGGGGCCAUCCAAGGCCAAGAGAUCAAGGCCACGGGGGCAUGGAGUUUGUUGGGCCCGAGGUCCAGGAGACAGCGGACGCCAGUGGCAGGCGGCGCCAAGACCGAGAAGGAGGGCGAUGCCGACAUGUCCAAGAAGGCGGAGCCGGGCAAGCGGAGCACAUCCUCUGAUGGGCCGGCGCCGAAGCGGGUGGCAGGGAGCCAACGAGCGCUCCCAGAGGGCGUUAAAAUCGUCAAGACCGAGAAGGAUGGAAACUGUUUGUUCAGCAGUUUGGCCAUCGGGAUCAAUGCCCUGAACCCGGAUGCCAAGCACCAGUUGACACAAGCUGAGGUCAGGGCGAGGGUGGCCGUUCACUUGCGCAAGAACGAGCAGGCUUACACGAAAAGCUGGGACCGAGAGCUUCCUAACCGGACUGAAGCCAAGAGCUGGAGCCAGUACGUAGACUCCAUAGAAUGUGACAAAAUUUGGGGCGGGCUCACGGAGAUCCGUGCCGCCACGAGGAUCUGGGACUUCAGGUGCAUCGUCUUCCCGACGAGCGAGCAUGAUGUUCCAUUCCAUGUGCAUGGGCAGGCGAAGAAGAGGGUUGUGGCGUUGUACUUCACGGGUUCUCACUAUGAUUUGCUCCAGGGCGACAAUGGAUCGUUGCCGAAAUCGAUCAUGAGUAUUCGUGAGGCGCCAGCUGAGGUGCCAAUGCAUGGUGGCGGUGACGAUGGCGAAGAGAGCACCAAGUCUGUGUGGACACGAUCCUCGAGGCAGACUGUGUGGACUGUGCAAGGGCUUCGUCGCCUGCAAGCGGGCUUCUGCGGUGACCACUGGUGCAAGGGCAUCAUCGGCUACAGGGUCCAGGGCCUCGACCUCCAAGAGGACUCCUUCGGUGGCCAUUGCCUCUACCUCAAAGCGAUGUCGGGCUGCUUCGGCGUCUGGUGGCUCAGUGGUGGCUUCGGUGUGAACGAUGGGCUUUCUGAGGAUGAUCUCCCUGAGCCAGAGGCGAGAGGUGGCGCUGUGCGGCACCGGCAGCUAGCCGUGCAGCGCCACAAGCAUUACGCUUCGUGGCACCCAGGUGAGUCCAGACCUUAUGUGUACCGGGCCGUCGAUCCGAUGAUACGGCGCAUCAAGGCAAAAGCGAGUGCCCCUCGAGUGAGAGCGGUGAAGGAGAAGCAUCGGGCUGAGGCCCACCCUGAUACCAGCAAGGCCGCGUACAACAAGUUGUUGGUGAAGCAGUACUGCACCAAGACGGAGCACCUGAUGAAGUGCCGGACCCGGAUGCUCAACACAUCAAGGUCCUACCUCUUUGUCAAAGGCGAUGUUCCUGGGUGCGUGGCGUUCACCUGGCCGAAUAUCUGGACGAUGCGCAAUAAGGAGAAGAAGCUUGUCCUUUCCUCGGGAUGGAGGUGCCGAAGCUGUGACCGGUGCUUCUUGCGGGCCGGCGAGGCCAGGGAGCAUACGUGCCGGCCGACCUUGGCCCAUGCUCUCAGGAGCCGCGUUGCCAGGCUCACGAAGCUGAAGCGAGGACUCGCGAAGAUCAAACACGGUCUGCCACAGGAUGUGCUCGAUGGCGUGAUCUCCACGGCCAUCGCGAUGAUUGGCGCGGCAAAAGUGCACAUGAUCGGGGACCUCUUCGAGGACUCUGGCUUCUGGGUCGACAUCCUUGCGAUUCAGGAGCUGGACUUGCCUGAUGUGGCUGCUGCGACUUUCUGCGAUAUGCUUAAGCGUCGAAAAUUGCAUGUUUUUCUUGGAGAUUGUGAUGGUGGCCAGUACAGGUGUGCCAUCAUUUCUCGUCUCCCCGGUGCUCCGCUAUGCCUACAUCACGGCAGGCUAGCAGGUGCUGUUUUCGAGCUCCUGUGCAAUGGGAGUUUUUGUCGAGUUUCAGUGGUUUCAUGUUAUGGAGUGGCUGGGAAUCCAGCUGCUGCAAUGCAAGUUGUCGAGCAUGCGGUUUGCGAGUUGAAGAAGGGCCAGACUGCCUGGGCUUUGUUGGGCGACUUCAACUUAGAGGCUUUGGAGGAGCCCUUGAUUGGCUCGUUGUCUCGAGGCCUGGCGUGGAACUGGGACGAUGGAUUUCAGGGGGCAUCUCUGCUUCCUGGAACACGUGAGAGUGGGCGGCGACUCGACUUUGCCUUAGGCUGCGGGCGCUUCUUUCCCCAGGGCGUCCAGCAAAGAUGUGUGUUCUCUGAUCACGCCCAAGUGGCUUACUCCUUGGACUUGGCGGCACCAGUGGGUCACCGGCCUCCCAGCUUCGUCCCUUUGAUGACCGAGGUGGUGGAUGAGCCGAAGUGGGCUAGGUGCUGGCGUGGCGACGUCUUUGAGGAGGCUUUGGCCAAUGAUGAUGUGGAUGCAGCUUGGACGGUGUUGUCCGACGCCGCGGAGGCUGCUUUAGCAGCCCCUGAGUCGUCGGGUCAUCGGCGGUCGGCGGCGUGGUCCCCCAGACUUCGAGCCCAGCCGCGAAGCAAGGUGGGAAAGUCCAUGGAGGCGGUCGGCAUUGUUCAGUUGAGGUGGCUGUGGCGGCGGAUUGUGCAGCUUGGCCAUCGUCCUCAUGAUGGUUGCCUUCGUGACAAAGCGGGUCGCCAAGUGCUCGCGUUGCUUCCUGCCUUCCCUUGGUUGGAGGAGCUCGGCUACUUCGAGAUGGAGCGGUGGAGCGAUUGGCUUGCAGAGCACAUCGAGCAGGAGGUGACAAAGCAGGCGGGCGCCGCCGUUGCUAAGUGGCGGCACCGGCUUCAAGAGUCCCCGGCCCAAGUGUGCGCAUGGAUCCGGAAGCGUGAGGCCGUGUAUGGCGGUUUGGAACGUCCUGGGCUUGGGCCGAAGGAGGUUUUCAAGACCAAGCCCAUUCAUCCUACCAAAGUGGUUCAGAUGGCCUCGGAAAAUUUGAUGAAAAGCUGGGGUCGGGACUCUACGGACAGUGAAGCCCAGGUGAUAUUACGUUCGGUCCCCGCUUUCUCUGAGGAGCCGUUGCAGGUGAUCUUCACUGGAGAGGAGUUGAGGAGGGUGGCCAAGUCGAUGGCGAAUAAGGCGGAGGGGCCUGACUCAUGGUCGUGUGCUUCGUGGAUGUUGUUGCCUUUGGAGUUUUGGGACGCCUUUGCCGCCGUUUGGCAGAAAGUCUUUAACUCUGGCUGCAUUCCGAGACGGUGGCGUGAAGGCCGUGUGGUCCUCAUCGAGAAGGCGGCAGGUGUCAAGGAUGCUUUCGUUCGAAUCUUUGAUGCCUUGGAUGAUGAGAACUUCUACUUGCAGGAGGACCUCUCAAAGUUCUUCGACUCGGUGAGGGUCUUCACGGCUUCUGGAGUGAUGGGGGACCGCUGGUGGGAUGUCACUUGUGGUGUCGCCCAGGGCUGUCCUUUUAGCCCAGUCCUCGCGGCCACGGUGAUGGCAGCUUGGGCACACUUUGUGGAGGCGGCGGCUUUCGCGGCGGAGCUGGAGUACAGUGUGGGCGACUCGUUGUCCAUCCUGGACCUGCAUGUCGACCUCCAGAAGGGCUCGGUCCCCACGGUCAAGGACUUUGUCUUGAAACAGGUUGUUCGCCGGGUGCGAUUGAUUGGGGUGGCUGUUGCUGGCCUGGUUGAAAAGAGGAGGAUGCUUUGCAGCUUGGUGGUGCCGAAGUUUACUUGGGCGAGUGGAUUUGCGUCCAUCCCGGAGGAUGAGUUGGAGGAGAUUGUCGGUGCCUUUCGACACUUGCUUCACAAGGACUUGGCAGCUGAUGCUCCCCUGGUGCUGGCUUUUGAGGUGGCUGGUUGGACUUGCCACCCAGAACUGGCGGUGCAGUGGAGCGCUCUUAGGGAGGCGAUUCGCUAUGCUUCCAAGGAGCGAGCUUGGGUGGAGCAUGCCCCCCUUCGGCUCUUGACUAAGAAGUGGUUUCACCUCCUCCCUGGUACCGUGAAGGUUCUCCAGCAGCUGAACUGGUGGCAUGACGAGGAGGGCAAGUUUUUCUGUCGUCGUGACUCCCUUGGGCAAGUGCGCAAGUUCGAGCUCGGGGUUGACGGCGUGGACGUGCUUCUUGAAUGGCUCUGUGACGUCUUCCGCCGCCGUGGCCUCAAACGAUGUGCGCGGGUGACUAGGUCCCUGAAACGCUCCUCGGAGGAUGGGUUGGCGCAAGGCCUGGACCUUCCGGCCCCUGCUCACAACACUCUCGCUGUAUUUGAGGGGCACAAGUGGGCUUGGAAGCGAGCUGCGGAUUCCAUUGACGGGUGUUCGGCUUUGGUGACGGGCUGCAGCUACUGGUACAAGAAGAAGCAGGUGCUGGCAGCUGGAGUUCGUGACCCUCCUUGCCUUUGCGGUGGGCGUGAGCCGUCCAGACCUCACCUGCUCUGGGCCUGCGAGAGAACUGCCGAUCUUCGAGCCUCGACCCAGGCACCGGUGGAUCGGCUGGAAGAAAGAUUGCUGGCGAAAGCGGUGCCGGAAACUCCUGCACCGCCGACUGUGGUGGACCCACAGGACCUCAUCGAGCAGAUGGCGGAGUUCCUUCAAGCAAGGUUGGCGGCUGGCACCGACGUCUACGUGGCGACUGACGGCAGCGUCGUGAACACUGUGGCGGCGUGGGCGGCUAUCCUGAGUUACGACGCAAAUGGCGACUUUGCACUCGGAGUGGCGGGGGAGCACCAGUCUUCCCAUCGGGCCGAGGUGGAGGGGCUCCUCUCCAUCCUUCGGGCCCUGGCCCUGACGACCGCGGCGGGCACUGUUCACAUCGUGGCGGACUGCCAGUCGGCUUUGGCUGUGAUGGCGGGGGGCGGUGGUGCGAAAACCCUUGCUGGAAGAGCGGUGGAGCUUCAGGCCAGUUUGGCUGAUUGCAUUCAGGUGACGAUGUGGUGGGUGCCCUCGCAUGGCAAGGUGGCGCCCCACAACUGGCGAUGCCCUCCUUGCGGUGAAGCCACGGCUCGGGCCCUCAAUGCCAGAGCGGAUCGCGUGGCUCGUGACGCUGCUACCAGACGUGCUUCUGGGUCGCAACGGGCGAUGUGUGCCUCUAUCAGGUCGGCGGCCUUCGAAUGGGAAAAGCAGGCCUUGCUUGCCCUCUCCGGAGUCGCCCACCGGUGGAUGGAUGGCUAG